GCACAACGACUCUGGUCACAACAAACGAGUUCCUCUCUCGCGUUUGAGCUCAAAGGCACACCGGCAGGGCCUCUGCACUUCAAGUCCGGACAGGUAGGCUGCCUACCUGUGAUCCACGCCCUCCGCUGCGCUGCGCACAGGUACCGUGCAGCAGGAAGUGGAUGUCAACGCCGAAGCUGUCGUCUUUCAACAGCACUCGAAAAUGAAGCCGAGUGUUUGAAACAAAAACUGAAAUCACAGACUCUCGUUUUGAACUGUUUUCAUAUAUUUUUUGUAAUCGGGAUUUUUGUUGUUGUUGUGAAAAUGCGCCUCUGUGCCACAUGUGCGCUCCUGUUACUCUCCGUGUUGGCAGCUUUGGACACUUCAGAAUGUGUGAAGAAAGUGGUCCGACCUGACAGCGGGUCCACUGUGACCGUGUCCACUAAGCUGUCCUCGGUUGGGUGUGCUGUGUGCACGGUCAGUGGGGUGAACGACACGCAGACUUCCUGCCACCCAUCUCUUAUUCUGGUACCUGAGGAAGAAGUCCAGCUGCUGUUCAACUGCUCCCAACCCAUCGAACAGUCUUACACUGUGACAAUUGCUCAAUCCAUUGAAUGUUCUCAGGAUGCUUGCAACCCCAAUAUGGUCGAAGCCCAGUCCUCCCUCCUGGCAGAGUUUGCCAGAACCUUCAUUUGGGAGGUGAAGGCGCCAAAAAAGACUGCCGUGAGCCUCAACAAGCUUGGGACUGGACUGACCGAGACAUCACAACCAUGUCCAGAUGGACAUCAGUUUUCAGUGGCUGCGAAAACGAGUAGCAAGAGCUCGACUCAAUACUGUCACGGUGGCUCUCUGACCCAGCUGGACCUGACGGAUGGGUCUGUCGUCUCCCUUCAAGUUCAACCGAACGCACAGGAGGUGUCGGUGUUGUUUCAGCUCUCCGCUGCACCUUUAAAGGGACGAACAGUGGUCUUAGACAUUGGCUCCGGUACAACUGUAGUCCUGAGCCGAGACCCGGAGCAGUCGGAGUGUGAAGUGUGCACCACUGAUGGUUCCACUCCUGAUUGUAGCUCAACACAAAAGACGCUGACCACAGCUAAAGAUCUCUCAGUGGAGUUCAGCUGCCCGAAACCCGAAGACGUAUUCAGUGUGAAGAUAAAGAAGGCAACAGAAUGUACAAUGAGCUCCUGUACCCCUAAUGCAACCCAAACCGAGGCCAAUCUACUACAGGACUUCAAAAGAACCCUGACAUGGGACAUUACUGUUCCUGACAGGACUGUUUUAACUUUGGAUUUUCCUGAUGAUGGACUGAAGCAAGUUUCUACCACAGACAAGUGUUUGGAUGGCUAUCUGUACACAGUGAAAACAACCAGCAGUGAUGGAAAAAUGAAAACUAACAGCUUCUGCAAAGGUGGAACAGUUAAUGAUCUGAAUCUGCUUGGAUCCACUACUUUGACUGUUGAAGUACCCAAAGGAGGCGAUACGAAGCAGACUGCAUUCGGUUUCAGAGCAGCACCAAGACGUGGCAGAAUGAUGUCUGUGACCCCUGACCCAGACACCAUCAUCAUCAUCAGAAGGGUGUCUGAAGAGCCUGAGUGCAGAGUUUGUGUGGACAAGGAACCCAACAGGAGAUGCAAUCCACAGAAUUUAAGGCUGACAGAUCCGCGCAACACAUCAGUAGAAUUUACCUGUCCAGAACCCCAGGAUGUUUUCAGUGUGGAGAUCAACAGAGAAAUUGACUGCACAGAAACCUCCUGCUCUGGCAACAUAGUUCAGCCUGAGACCACGCUGUUCCCAGAAUUUAACCGGACUUUCACCUGGGACUUGAAAGUAAUCUCAACUAGGGCUUUCCAGCUAGACUUCCCUUCACCAGGAAUGCGACAGAUUCCUAAUGAAGAGACCUGUCCUGACGGCCACACGUACAACCUUGUUAUCUAUCUGCGCUCUGGGCCAGCUAACAUUGGUACAUUUUGCAAAGGCGGCACCGUGAGCACAAUUUUGGCUCGUUACAAGGGGCGCAUGACCCUGCGGGUGCCUGGGGAAGGAAAGGUGGACCCCAUCAACUUCAAACUCAAUGUUGGGCCUGAGACGAAGAUGCUGGCCACAGUAAAAGUCAACGUGCCGCGAGGAGUUUCAGAGACCAAGUUCAUCACGGCUAACUACCCCAGAGAUUUCCCCAGCGACCAGAAAAUGCAGUGGGACUUCACCGUGCCCGACGUGCACAACUACACCGUGCACUUCGACGACCUCACAGCCCCAGAGUGCCUCGAUGACAAAGAGGACGUGGUGGUGGAGUAUGAAAAGAGCAACAAUAAGGUGUCCAAGCUGACCCUGACUGACCCUCAGCCACAGCACCAGCAGGGCAGUUUCAACCUGGUGCUGAGCAACUGUGAGACCAACGCCACGCUGCAAGGACUCACUCUGAACUACCGGAUCUCUGUGGUGAGAAGCGGUCAUCCAGUUCUUUGCACGGUGGAUCUAACCAAACAUCCAGAAGUAUCCCUGCAAAUCGAGAAAGUGGGUUCAGACCCAAACUGUGAAAUGAGCAUGAACUCUGAGGUUAAAGAGAAGAUAAUUGUGGCCGCUGGCACAAAAGCAAGUCUUUCGUUCCUCGACUGUCCAAAUGACGACCUCCGUCUGACUGCCAGCAGAGUUAUUGGGUGCCAGAACGUAGCAUCGUGCAGUCCACAUGUCCUCACCGUGCCCACACUGGACUCCUGUCUGCCAAUGCCACUGCAGAACUUCAAGUGGCACCUCAGCAUCCCUAUGAACGGCACGCUGGAUCUGAUAUCUCCCACGGGGAGUUUCCACCAGUCCAUACCGGGCCAGGAGUGUAAUAAGUCUUUCUCACUCCACGUGGAGGAGACUGAUGGCUUUUCUAUUGGAGAUUUCUGCUUCAACGGUGUGAUCAAGAGAAUUCAACUGCACACCAACGUCUCGGUCACGGCCACGGCUCAGGACUUCAGCACCACCCAAGGCCCUUUCCUCAACGUCAGCUUCAGUCCGGAGAUCCCAGAGACCAUCAUCUACAAUGUCAUGCCCAAGGAGACGUCUCCCGCCCUGAUGGCCACACCCAACUGGCCCAGGGGAAUGAAAUCUUUCUCCACCGUAUCCUGGAUCGUCUCCUUCCCCAGUCAGUAUCGCGCCCAGCUCUCAUUCGUCAACAUCAGCCAGCCCAAAUGCGCAGACAGACACACGUGCAUCAAGGUGAAGAUACUGGGGUACGAGGAGGAGCUCCUGAGCCGCCGGGAGGAUGAGGCGGUGGAGCAGACGCUGGUGGUCCCCAAAAACUUCUAUCUCAACAUGUCCAAUUGCAAACCAGAGGCUGGAAACUUUGGGGCCGUCACAAAAAUUGUUCUUCAGAGGAAGACCAAUCUGUUGGCUAUUGUCCUGGGGAUAGCAGGAGCAGUUUUGGUUUUGCUCAUAGUCCUGGCUGUCGUCUGCAUUGUCACAAAGAAAAAGAAAGACCAAAUGAAAAAGGAGUCAUCCAUCUACAUUGGCAAAGGUAGCAUCUUCCGCCCAGGAGACCGGCACUUCACCAAAACCCGAUCUGACAACGACUCCCACGUCUACGACUGCAUAGACGAGAGCAUGGUCUACGGCCACCUGCUGGGGGACUCGGCCCGCUCCGACAGCGUGCAAGAACCCUAUAAAGGGAUACAGGUGGACACUUAUCAAACCUUUAUGGGCCCCAACGAUGGCUCACUGCCUGUAAUUAAAGAGCCAGAUCCAGGGGAGAAGGCGUUCCUGGACCCCUCUGAGACUUUCAUCCCGUCCCGUCCACGCACCCCCAUCGACCGGCAGGACAGCCUGGGUUUCCAGGACCGCCGGAUGGUCGACAAUGAACUCUACACGUUCAAAAGCACAGGGCAGAUGAACACAAUCCAACUGUCUGGCGAUCUGGAGCCUGAGCCGCCACUAACGGAGGACUCCUUGUAA